AUGCCAAGAAUCACCCUUCUCGGCCACCUCUCCCCCGAGGGCGGCUUCAACGACGGCAUAGAAGUCUGGCAAGAAGACACCACCCAAGGCCAUCUCCUCAUCCGCAAAACCUUCCGCCGCGCCGACGUCCCUGACCACGCGCUCCGCGAAGUCCGCCUCCUCGUCCAACUCGCCGCCUGCCCCUUCAUCGUCCGCAAGUACAGCGCCACCAUCACCCACACCAGCGGCGAGCUCUUCAUGGAGUGCUGCGGCAAGGGCACCCUCAAGGCCCUGAUCCGCGAGCAUCGCCACCGCGCGAGCAAGAUCCCGGAGCCGUUCGUCUGGCACGUGUUCUACUCGCUAGUCGAGGCCGUGCACUACAUGCAGUACGGGCCCAGCGGUGACGCACGCGGCUGGAACUGGAUUUACCACCGCGAUCUCCACCCGGGCAAUGUCUUCAUCACGGGCCGCAGAGACUCCGGGCUGCACGUUGUGCUGGGCGACUUUGGCUCAGCGGUGAGCAGCACGUGGGGCGAUGGCGCGCGCGUGCGGAUGCAGGCGGUGGACUUUGGGAUCCCGGAGAGGUUGAUGAAUUGCACGUCGGAUCUGUAUCAGAUUGGGCUGAAUAUCGUGGCCAUGUGUCGGCUGACUUUCCGGCCUCUUGCGUUUGUGAGGCCGGCGAGGGGCGGCAGGGAAAGGCUGGUGGCUGGGGCCGAGUAUAGUGAUGCGUUGAACGGGCUUGUGGGGCGCUGCUUGAGGACGAAGCCGGAGGAGAGGAUCAGUGUCAAGGCGCUUAGGGCUGCGCUGUACAGGGAGGCGUUUGAGAAUAAGAGGGCGAGUCGUUAUGAUCAUCGGGAGUUGCUGUUGUUUCCUAGUAUGAGGAUUUAUGAGCGGUAG